AUGUUUAACAUGAUUGUUGUGUAACAUGAGAAGGAAUUGGCUACGACGUUUAUGAUGAGGCAGGGAGAGAAAUCUGCUGCCUCUUUCAUUGUGUAUUAUAACUUCGUUUUUCCAAGAGAACGGGAGCGGAGUCAGGAAGGCGUGCUUUCUUGAAUGAGUUUACGUUUAUGAGGAAGACGUCGGAUGAAGGAUUCUCUCCCUCCACGAACGCCUCUUCUUAGAGGUGUUCAAAACCGGAGUCCAGAUGGCCUUGAAAGAUGCAACAAGGAACUGCUUAAUUAUAAGGAUCGAACAAAGGUCCUAAAACUGACAUGAUGUAACCUUAUUGCUGACGUUUUGAAACAUGUUGCAAACUGGGGUAAAUUUGGACUUUUAAAAAUUUGAAAACCUCUGAACGUCAAGGCAAUUAUAUUAAAAGUCCAUUUCCAAUAAACAUUCGUCGUUUAAAGGUGGUGUGCGUUAUCUUGUAUGUUUUUCACAUUUUGUUUAGUCAAAUGGUGUCCGUUAGCACAAAAUAAAAAUUACAGUCCUCCCUAGAAGCCUCAGAGAAACGAAUAAACGAAAAUAUUUAGUUUAACUUCGUAUUCUCCAUCAGUUUUGCUUGAAGUCUACGCCUUAUUCUAGUGAAAGAAAAUUAAUGCUCAUCUUAAAAAAGGGAAACAAAAUGAUAGAUCACUAAAAAGAAAAUGAGGAUUAUCUCCCCAGGGAGCUCCAGCUCUAAGGCAAAAGGCGCCAUGUUUUAAUGUGCGCGGUCUAAUCAUGUAUGUAAUUAUGUGCAGUAAGGAUGUACACUGCAAUAAUAAGGAAAAAACUUAACCGUUGUAAGUCUCGUGAUCCAGACUAAUGAAGGACGAGUGAAUCAAAUGAUGCGAACGUAGAUAGCAAAAUUUCAGCUUUAGUUCAGAUACUUGAAACAUGCUUUAUUAUGCUAGAAAAAAGGUUAAAUCCAGAGCAAAAAUUAAACUAAUUCAACAGAUGCCUCUAAUCUGUAAUAUUAAGUUACACCUUCCGGCUCCGCGCCUGUUUUUUGCCAGGUUAUCUUAUUAUGAAACAGCAAAUAAUUCACAGGGCUUCCAGUGGGUUAUUGUAUGGUUUGUGUAAAUGCGUUAUUUGUCGUAUUCAACAAUUUCCAUGUAAUAAGCUCUUAACAGAAGCGGUAUGUCAUAUCUCGCUUCAAUAACUUGUGUGCUGUCAAGGUUAAAUUUGUUAUUAACUUUUCUCUGACAUUUUCUUUUAUCUCGAUAUUAACUUUUCUCUGUUCUGCUUGUCAAAGGUAGAACACCUCCGUUUUUAACGCAUCAAGAGUGAUCAGCAUCACAUUUCUCCUUGCAAUAUUGGUGACAAGAAUUAAGGGCAUGAUCAAAAAAGAUAUGAUGUGCUGAUACUUCAACAACUGCUUCCCACUACUUCAGGGAAAACGCGGCCCGAAAUGAGAAUUUAAAUUUUGAUAUUAGGGGCUUUUUUACCGUUAAUAGGAAACGCAGGAAGUAGCAAAUGAUUAAUUUGCAAAUGUAACUACAUGUAGUCGUAAAUUGCAUGCGGUGCGGUGAAUUUGGGGUAAAACCUUCGAUUAACAUUCACCUGAAGUUAAUCCAUGUGGCUACGUUAACUGUUCUCAUUAAAAUGUUUUAUACAACCAUUGUACGUCUUCAAGCCGAUUACUGGAUGAUUUUGUAAUUGCCCGCCUUAUGAUAAAAAAUUAAGUGUCUUGUCAGCGCCAAAUCAUGAUGUGAAAUAACUGAUACCAAAACAAUAUUUUGGCGUCUGACAUAUAAUUGUCACUGAACAGUCCUAAAGGAAGGUUUUCUAGCCUGCCGGCCCAAUAUUUGUUAUUAUGUCAGAGUACAGUAAAUACGACUGAAAGGCAGUCGCGCCCUAUAGAUGGGAAACUCAACCGAAGAUAGAAACGCUACCUCUUCCGAGGCAUUUAAUCCGGCGACAGUGACUAUUAUAUUUUGUUCCCUUAACAUUCUUCUUUCGAUUACGGCAUCUCUGGGGAACACUCUGAUCCUGAUUGCUCUUCGCAAAGUAACUUCUCUUCAUUCACCAACGAAACUGUUGUUUCAAUGCCUGGCGAUCACUGAUCUUGGGGUUGAUCUCAUUUCGCAGCCACUCUAUGUCAUCUACAACAUGUUUCUGAUAAACUUCAACCUUAAGCUUUGGAAUAUCAUCUUUAUUCUCUAUGAUAUAACUUGGGGGUCAUCAAGUUGUCUUUGUUCAGUUUCCUUGCUCACAACGACUGGUCUAAGUCUGGACAGACUUCUCGCCCUUUUGUUGAAGCUAAGGUACAGGCACGUUGUAACACUGAAGCGAGUUCGUGCAGUUGUUUUCUGCUUUUGGUUAAUUGCUCUUUCGAGCAAUUUCAUGUUCUUGUUCUGGGAUACAAACAUCGCCUUGACAGCAAUUUCAGUCUUGGUAAUGCUUUGUAUCGUUACCUCACUUCUUUCUUACACCAUCAUAUUUAUCAAGCUGCGUCUACAUCAAGCUACUGUGCACCCUACUGUGCAAUGCAAUGUUCACCAUGCCGGGCAACCAAUCGGAGGGAGAAUUCCGGCGUUGAAGAUAGCACAGUUUAAAAGAACUGUUACCAGCAUAGGUUUGGUGCAGUCGGUGUUAGUUAUAUGCUAUAUCCCAUUUGUUAUUUUAAAUGCGAUAUUACUGUCAAAUAGAGUUCUUGCCAACAGUGAGGUUUUCGGCCUUGCCUCGAAUCUUGUAUAUUCAACUCUCGUAUACUUAAACUCAUCUCUUAACCCGUUCCUGUACUGUUGGAGGAUCAAAGAAGUGAGGGAAGCCGUGAAGGCCACAAUCAAACAGUUGUAUUGUAACUGUUUACGCUGA